AUGCAGGCUCAUAAGUUGUACCCAGGAAGUGUGUCGUCGCAGUCGACGCAGACGUCGUCAGUGUUCUCAGCGGAGGAGGAAGAUUACGACUCGCGGAUCAAGGAAAUCGAGGCGUACUAUAUGCGGACGCUGCUGGCCGAGGACGGCGACGGCGACGGCGGUGCAGGCGCGGGUGCCAGCGCAGAAUCGCCGACCAAAAGCACCGCGGCGCAAGCUAAGCCCGCGCCCGGCGCGUGGGCCAGUGGGGUGUGGAACCAGGCCGCAUUGGUCUCGCCUGCCACCGCGGGCACUGCGAGCGGCGCCGGCCGCGCGCUCGAGGUCGAGAUCAACCCACAGUACAUGCCCGCCACGGGCGUGAUGCCUCUCACCAGCGAGAACCUCAAGCUGCUACAGAACCCCAAGCUUGCUCCACACAAGCUAGAAUGCGUCGCGGAAAAGCCCGCGCGCAAGCAGCAGUCCUCGCGCAAGCCCGGGGAGCAGCCCGCGCAGCAGCAGGGCCAGCCCCACGAAAAGUGCAACAAAGUGCUCUACAAGACCGAGCUCUGUGAGUCCUUCUCGACCAAGGGCUCUUGCAAGUACGGUCACAACUGCCAGUUCGCGCACGGGCUGCAAGAGCUUAAGUUCAAGGAGCGCAACAACAAGUUCCGCACCAAGCCCUGCGUCAACUGGAUGCGCACGGGCAGCUGCCCCUACGGCCAGCGCUGCUGCUUCAAGCAUGGCAGCGACCAGGAUAUCAAGGUUUACUUGCAGGCCGGCCACAUCCCACGCGGCCGUGACACAGAGCCUGCGCGCAGGAACAUGCACGCGGACGUCCAAGCUCUCCAAAAGAUGGCGUGGUAG